CGGGAUUUCCUAAUUCCUAUCAUCCAUCGCCGAAUUGCUUUGUUUUCCUCCUGCCUGAAAAAUGGCCGCCGUAGAAGGGUUCCCGCCGAUAAUUCACCCCCAAAUUUCGUUGAAUUGGAACUUCAACUCGAAAUACUUUUACAGACAGACCAUAACAUCAUGUAGUCGUUGUUUGCUCGCACAUGGGAGUUCGAGUCAUUUGAUCGUUAAUCCUUCGUCGUUCAGAGCUCCAUCUAGGAUUUCUUCGAUUCCCCAGCAGUUGGAGCGUCAAGGAACCCCUCCGACGAGCAGUUGCUUCAGAUAUAGGGGGGUUAGAGUUAGGGCAAACAGUUCUCGUGAACAGGGCACUGAUUCGAACGACCCAAGUGAAGCUACUACGACAGAAAGUAAAUCACCUACAGGUUCGGGUUCAAGCUCGGGUUCUCCUCGUAAAGAAAGUCAAGGGAAAGCGGACCGGUGGUGGUCGAAGUGGCGUUGGCAACCCAUAGUUCAAGGACAUGAAAUGGGACUGCUAUUGCAAUUGGGGGUAGCUAUGUUCUUCAUGAGAUUGUUUCGUCCGGGAAUCCCGUUUCCCGGGUCAGAGCCGAUGGUUCCUCUUAAAUUUGUGAGUGUCCCGUACAGUGAGUUCUUGAGUAAGGUGCACACAAACCAGAUUCAAAAGGUGGAAGUUGAUGGAGUCCACCUCAUGUUCAAGUUGAAGAAUGAAGGGAUGAGUGACGUGAUUGAGAGUGAGGCUGGGAGUGAAUUCAGUAAAUUGCAGGAGUCUGAAUUGUUGUUAAGAAGUGUGACUCCCACCAAGAGGAUUGUGUACACCACAACAAGGCCCGAUGAUAUCAAGACUCCUUAUGAGAAGAUGCAGGAGAAUAAAGUGGAGUUUGGGUCACCAGAUAAACGGUCUGGUGAGGUUUUGAGCUCAGCAUUGGCAAGCGUAGCUGUAGCACUUUUCCACAUUGUUGUCCUAGCUUGUAUUUUACAUUGGUUCAAUAAUGCAGCUGGUCAGCUCAUGAGCCGCAAAUUUGUGGGUUCUAUAGUAGAAAAAGCGCCUAAACAUGGUGAAACUGUCACAUUUGCUGACGUUGCAGGUAUUGACGAGGCCAAGGAGGAGCUUGAAGAAAUAGUGGAAUUUCUCAGGAAUCCUGACAGGUUUAGACGACUUGGUGCCCGCCCACCACGAGGGGUCCUCCUGGUAGGCCUGCCUGGGACAGGUAAGACACUUUUAGCAAAAGCUGUUGCAGGAGAAGCUAAUGUUCCAUUUAUCAGUUGUUCCGGAAGUGAGUUUGUAGAAAUGUAUGUUGGUGUCGGGGCAUCACGCGUGAGGACCCUUUUUGAAGGGGCGAAACUAGUAGCUCCUUCAAUUAUUUUUAUAGAUGAGAUUGAUGCUGUAGCAAAGAGACGUGAUGGUAAAUACGGUGGUAGCAAUGAUGAAAGAGAGACGACAUUAAACCAGCUUCUUAUAGAGAUGGAUGGAUUUGAUAGUAACUCUGCUGUGAUUGUUCUGGGAUCGACUAAUCGUUCUGAUGUGUUAGACCCUGCCCUUCGCCGUCCUGGAAGGUUUGAUCGUGUUGUUAUGGUAGAAGCACCUGAUCGUACUGGAAGAGAAGCUAUUCUGAAGGUACAUGUAUCCAAGAAGGAACUUCCUCUUGGACAAGAUGUGGAUCUUGGAAAUAUUGCUUCAAUGACAACUGGUUUCACCGGGGCAGACCUUGCAAAUUUGGUAAAUGAGGCCGCAUUAUUAGCAGGAAGGAAAACUAAGCUUCUUGUUGAAAAACUUGAUUUCACUCAAGCAGUGGAGCGGUCAAUUGCGGGGAUAGAGAAAAAAACUUCAAAGUUGCAGGGAAAUGAGAAAGCAGUAGUUGCUCGGCAUGAAGCAGGCCAUGCAGUAGUAGGUACUGCAGUUGCAAGUCUUCUUGCAGGGCAACCGCGGGUUGAGAAACUAAGCAUAAUUCCUAGAUCUGGAGGGACAUUAGGAUUUGCUUACAUCCCUCCAACCACUGAGGAUAGAUAUUUGCUGUUUGUUGACGAACUGCGCGGGAAAUUGGUCACUCUUCUUGGGGAGCGGGCUGCUGAAGAAGUGAUAUAUUCUGGACGUGUUUCCACUGGUGCACUGGAUGAUAUAAGGCGUGCUACAGAUAUGGCGUAUAAGGCAAUUGCUGAGUGUGGUUUGAAUGAGACAAUAGGCCCUGUUUCAUUAGCUUCUCUUACUGGGAGUGGUAUGGACGAUGCAAGAUCUCCCCCUUGGGGAAGGGAUCAGGGACAUCUGGUUGAUCUAGUUCAAAGAGAAGUCAAAACCCUCCUUCAAUCUGCACUUGAAGUAGCUCUGUGUGUCGUGCGUGCCAAUCUUACUGUUUUGGAGGGAUUGGGGGCAACUUUGGAAGAGAAAGAGAAGGUGGGAGGUGAGGAACUGCAGGAGCUUUUAAAAUCAGUUGUUGCUCCAACAGAACUUGCGUGUUUUAUAGCAGGCAAACAACCGUCUCUUCUGCAGUUGCAACCGGCAAUUUCUGGAUCAUGAUGGCAUCAGAUGUUCAUGGGAGGGUGUUGGGUUGGGAUUCACUCUGUUGACUAUUGUAUAGUACGGUAUGGUAAAAGGGUCUACGCUGGUACGAAGCCGUUUUCGUGUGUCUAAUUACCAUUUGAUAAUCAGACAGUGGCUAAAGAACAUUAAUCUGUUGAUUAUUGUUUCUUAGUUGCUUAUAUUCAAAUGCUUGUAAUGUCCUACUUCUGUACAUGCAUUUAUUUUUGAAAGGGGAUCCCUUUUUUGGGAUCCCCUUGUCAAUCUGAUGUCAUUUACAAGUCUGCUAGAAUUUUUUUUGUUUCAGCAGAUUUGGAUAUUUUACAACAGUAAUAUAGUAAUUUAACACAUCUUAUUUUUCACGUUUCUUAUUUACUAAACUUAAUGUUUGAUUUGCAAGAGAAGACUGGGAUUAUCCAACCCAGUAACCAUAAUCCCAAUUAUGUUCAGC